CCGUGUUUAUUCAAAAUGUCGACUUACCGUCAAAUAGAUUGCUUUAAUAUAAACGUGAAAUACUGGAAAUUUUUGGGCAUUUAUCCACGGCGAGAUACGACCCGUUUAUACGAAUACUAUUCGUUUUUAUUUAUCUCUUUUUUCUUUGUAUUUUACAUUUCCCUGACAACCCUAAAUUUUUGGUUUAUUCCCGGUCCAAUGGAUCUUUUCAUUGAAGAAACCAUAUUUUACACGACUGAAGUGGCAGUACUAGCAAAAGUUUUCACUUUUGUUUGCAUGAAAGACAAAGUCGUUAAAUUAUUAGAUAUUUUGGAGAGUGAUAUGUUUCAACCUGACACAAAUCAUAGAAUCAAAAUAGUUAAAGAUGCGAAAAAGUUCAACAUUACUUACUGGAAAGUCAUGGCUGCUAUAUCGUACUUAUCGAAUAGUACUCAUGUGCUAUCACCUUUAUUUACUCAUCUAUUGACCGGAGCAGACCUUGUGCUACCUCUUUGUUCCUAUUUGUUUCUUGCCGAUGAUUUCAGAAAUGCCUAUAUAUAUUAUUGUUACACCUACCAGAGCAUUGGAAUGCACUUUUUCAUGUUGGUGAACGUUAAUGUCGAUUCAUUCAUACAAGGAUUGAUCAUUUUAGCAAUAGCUCAACUAGAUCUACUCGAUGAUAAACUGAGGAAAGUGACGGAAAAUAAUAAUAUUGAUAAAGAUUCUCGUAAUGAAUCGGAUACGAAUGAAGAUAUAGAUUACGUUCGGAAGUUAAAUAAAUGUAUCAUCCAUUUUGACAACGUUGCUAAGUAUUGUGGGCUUAUCGAAGAAGUUUUCAGUUUAGUGCUCUUUGUUCAAUUUAGCAUUGCAUCGGUCAUUCUUUGUGUUUGUCUUUUCCGGUUCACGUUGCCUGCUCCUCGAGAAUAUUAUAUAUUUUUGGUGACUUAUGUGUUUGUGAUGGUGGGCCAAAUACUCGUGCCGUGUUGGUUUGGAACUCGAGUUAUUUAUAAAAGCAGCCAGCUGUCUCUGGCGGUGUACGACUCCGACUGGACCCCACGGUCACGGAGAUUCAAGAGCAACCUGCGACUUCUUGUAGAGAGACUAAACAGACCCCUCACCAUCAUUGGAGGCAAGAUGUUCCCGCUGUCACUGGUCACAUUCACUUCUAUAAUGAAUUCAGCGUAUUCUUUCUUCACCCUCCUGCGUCACAUGCAGUCACGAGAAGACGAAGCUUAAAUAAGAUUCGAGUUAAGAUAGUAGUUAACAAAACACAUAAUUAUUAUUAUCACUUAACGUGCACAAUUAUUAGAAUUGUAUUACAUAACAAGCGAUUACUUGCAUAUUUAAUU